GUUUCUUCCUUGCAGAUGUGGUUGUGUGCUUGCAACUUGGUUGUGUGCUUGCCAGGUUGGUUGUGUGCUUGCAACUUGGUAGUUUCAGAAUGAAACCUACGACUCAGUGCUGCUUGAUAUUUUGGUGCUUUUGCUUUGGUAUUUGUAAUGGGUCUGCUCCGAGUCAGUUCGUUCAUAGUAGUCCUCAUUUCCCUGACUGGAAGAAAUUGUACUUUGUUUAUCACUGGCCAGUGACUGUGUGUAAGAUGAGUGAGAAUGAUUGCAACAAUCCGCCCAUGUAUUGGACCAUCCAUGGCCUCUGGACUGAUAAAGCAGAAGAUUGUAAUAAAACCUGGCACUUCAAUGUAACAGAAAUUAAGGAUCUCUUGGUAGACAUGAGACAAUACUGGCCAGAUGUGCUUCAUGAAAAUAGAACAAAGUUCUGGAAGCAUGAAUGGGACAAACAUGGGACUUGUGCAGCCACACUGGAAUCUCUGAAUUCCCAGAAAAAGUACUUUAGUAAAGCACUGGAACUGUAUGAAAAACUUGACCUCAACAGUUAUCUCUUGAAACUGGGAAUAAAGCCAGGCAGUACCUACUACCAGCUGGAAGCUAUCAAAGAAGCUCUUACAAGCGCAUAUAAUGUAACACCAAAGAUCCAGUGCCUUCCUCCAGAACAGGGUGAAGAAGUGCAAACAAUUGGCCAGAUCAAAUUCUGUUUCACUAAGGAGUUUUUCCUGAGAAACUGUACUGAGUCAAAGGUUGAUUCCUAUUCUGCACGUGGAAAUGCGUUCUUUGGAACUGAAGAGCUCUCUCUGUGCAACGACACAUUGACCAAUUACCCUUCGCAUGUGCAGCUUUAUAAGUGAAGCCGCGAGAAAUUUGGGUCGUUUUUGCCAAAUAUUGUUGAUUUUUUUUUUUUUUUUAAAUAGUGCAUCCGGAUUAAUCUACAAGGGCAUUAUUGGUCUAAAAUUUGUAAGUUAAUUGAUUUGGGUGUACCUGCGUAAAUUACGAUGUUCAUGCUGCAGAUAAUAGAGAGGAUUGACUGCUAUGAUGUGUGACUACGUUUUGGACUGCUGGAGUGCCAUUAUAUAUUUUCUUUGAACGGAAACUUUGAAGCUUCUUUUUUUCAAUUAAAGUCAUUCCAAAAAC